GUGUCUCUCUGUGGCCUGGCAUCGUGGCGCGUGGCUGGUGGUAAGCGGUGUCUGGACAGCGCACAACCUCUCGCCCACGUGAAAGUUGCGUGACGUCGAUUCCAAAAGGAUCACAAUUUCGAUGCCACCUCGAUCUCACAUAUUUAUUUUGUGAAAUGUCGAGUCUUGUGUCUGUUUAAAAUUCAUGGAUUAAGCGAAUACGAAUUUGGAAUUCAACCAUUUCACAAAAGCUCAAGUUCGGUGUAGUAUUCAUCUCCAUAAUUUAAACAAUUAAAAAGGUUUCAUGAACUUUGGGGUUACCUAAUCUCAUUUGCUGGUGAAAUUUGUGUUGUUCAAAUUACGCGUGCAAAUGAAUAUGAAAAUCAGAAAAUGUCGGAUUUAAUGUAAAAUUUGGAGCCCACAUGUUGUCCGAGAAAAACAACGCGCCAGCUCAGUAAUCGAAUUAUUCUUUAGUCAAAUGACCGAUGGCAGAUGAGACUCAUAAAAAUUUGACUGGAUUAAAGAUAGUCUAAACUACCAAAGUCGAUCUCGUUUGAUUCGGUCCGUAUGUUUCUCAUCAGUUCUAAAUCUUUGGAUAUAAAUAACUGGUAAAAGUUUAUCUGACUCCGGAGUAUUCCCUAGAUCAAAUCUUGUUCAAAUAUUGCCGUCGAUCUUGUUUUAGUCUGACCCAUUUAUACAUCCGUCAAACCCUGAUUUUUUUUAGAACCGGGAAAUGUAUUUAUCUUUUCCAAAAAAGAGAGAAGUGGAAAAAUCCAUUUUUUCUUAUCUUCCACACGUCCCUUUCUUCUAGUAUCUUCAUACCACCGCAGCCCAGGCUCUCAGCCUUAUCCCCUUCGUACAACACUAUCACCAGGAAUUCCCUUGCCUUUGCUCGUUCUCAUGGCCGAGCACAAGUCUUCCUCAAGCGUCGCCUGCUGUACCAGUGUCGAGCUCCCCACGCUCGCCGCUACUCCUAGCCCCUCUCCUCCCUGGAUUUGGCCCAGUCUCCAUCUCUCUUUCCAGCCAUGGACGGCGACCUCUCCUGCCUACAGCAGGUCAGCGCCCCAUCUCCUCAACAUCUCGGCUCCCUGUCCCAUCUCUCUCUCACGAGCCACUCUUCUCGUUCUCCAUGGCGUCGACAUGGGGCUCGCCCCUGCAACCUCGCCUCGCUGGGUCUCCUCAGGGCGCCGGGAUGCUGCUUCCUAUACAUCGUGCGCCUCCCUGGUGCUUGCUCUCGCCCUAGUCCAUGGAGCAGCAGCAGCCACGACACUCCUUCGUGUCGCGCCCUCGACGUGUUCGAUGAAAUACUGCAGCGAGCUCCAACUCGAUCUGCACAGCCCCUGCGCGACGUCACAAACUCCGCUCGUUGUCGAUGUCGUGCUUCGGGCAUCGAGUGUUCGACGAAAAUCCCAAGUCCAUGGACAGCACAUACACAACUCAAAUCCGAUCGGCCAGGUCAUCUAUCUUGUGCUAUUCAUGUCCUUACUCCUGUGCAUUAUGCAUAUCAUUUAGGUACGUUAAUUGCUCACGUGCUGUAGAGGACGAGAGUUGGAUUAAUCUCAGAGUAAUGCUGAUGGAUGAACCUAAGGAUGGGUGAUCUGAUCGAGUGCCAGGAUAUUGAAGCUCACCCACCGGACGUCUCUAACAACACUAACGUAGUGUUAUCCCAGGUUAUAAGUUUGUUCUGUUGUGGAUGGUGCUAAGUGCCGGUGGGCUCGGCCUUCUUAUAUAAGUAUAUCCCAUCUUUAGCUUCUUUAUUGAGGACUGUCACUUAAGCUAGCAUGUAUUUUAAAACUUAUAAAUGUUUUAUACAUUCAAAUUGUAAUGUUUUUGAAUCAAAUUCUCUUAUAAUCACUCCGAUGAUAUAUUGUAAUAUGGUUAUAACUUGUAAAUGUUGUAACUUGUAAUCAUUUUGUAAUAAAGAAUUUAUUUCCGCUGCAA